AUGAAUGAAAAAAGUUCAGAACCCAACAACAAAGAGCUCUACGCUCUGCUUCACAUAUCGCCGGAAGCAUCUGAUGAAGAGAUUAGGAAGGCUUAUCGUCAGUGGGCUCAAGUCUAUCAUCCUGAUAAAUACCAGUCGCCGCACAUGAAAGAAAUUGCGACAGAGAACUUUCAACGAGUAUGUGAAGCUUAUGAGAUUUUGACAGAUGAAAACAAAAGGGUGAUAUAUGAUAUCUACGGUAUGGAGGGACUAACUUCUGGUCUAGAGCUUGGACCUAAACUGGACAAAGUUGAAGAGAUCAAGGAAGAACUUGAGAGAAUGAGGCGUCAGAGGGAGCAUGAUAAGGUCUUGGCACAUAUCCGACCUUCUGGUUCAAUUUUGGCAAAUUUGUCGUGGCCUAAUUUUUUAGAUGGUGAUGGCCUUAUGAAAGGGAUGGCCAUGGCCAGUCAAGUUCAAUCUCAAAUAUCAAAGCGCACUUCUCUUGCUAUUGGUGGGAAUUUGGCCGUUAAUUCAGAUUCUGGUGUGGGUGCAGCAACCGUUGUCCUUGGGCAUCAAAUAUCUCCAGUUUCUUCUGCAGAGUUCAUGGGUUCCAUUGGUUUGCAGUCAUUAAUAGGAUUACAAACCACUCGCCAAUUGUCUGUCAACUCCACUGCAACAAUGGGCGUUACCAUGUCUUUGAGAGAUGGCUCGAUUAAUCUUUCAAACACCUGGACCCGUCAACUCUCAGAGACAACUAAUGCAAAUAUACAGCUCUCUUUAGGUCCAGAGUCAUCUAUAGGUGUCGGUUGGAGAAAGAAAGAGCAAAAGAUGUCUGCUUCCGGAGAGAUUAAGUUUGGCACCAGUUCAUUUGGCGGAAAUGCUCAGUAUACUCAUUUCUUUUCCUCUAAAUCACAUGGACGGAUUGCAGGCACAGUUGGAAGUAGUUCACUUGCAAUUGAAAUUGGAGGUGGAAGAAAGAUAUCUAAAUUCAGCACUGUACGGAUGUUAUAUUCGAUAGGGAUCCAGGGACUUACUUGGAAAUUUGAGUUGCAUCGUGCAGGGCAAAAAUUGGUUAUUCCUAUAUUGUUGUCUAGUUAUCUGGAUCCAGUUUUUGCUACCGGAGCUUUCGUCAUUCCCGUAUCACUUUAUUUUGCUGCCAAGAACUUCAUUUUUAAACCGUAUUACCUUAAACGAGAAAAGCAAAAGGCUUUAGAGAACAUUGAAAAAACUCAAGACCAGGUUCAAGAGUCGAGGGCUGCAGCCAAAAAAGCUCAACAGUUAUUGAAAAAUGUUGCUAACAGGAAACAAAAUAAGCAACUCGAAAAGGGUGGAUUGGUUAUUGUCAAGGCAAUUUACGGGAACAGUAAAUCUAUUUCGAACAGAGAAAAUUCUGAAGAAACUGAAGAUGAAGAGGCAUCACAGAUCUUAGAUGUCACGAUUCCUCUUAACUUCCUCGUUAAUGAUUCUGGGCAACUCAAGCUACAUGAAGGUGUGAAGAAAUCGGGAAUUAUGGGCUUUUGCGAUCCUUGUCCGGGAGAAACUAAGCAACUGCACGUGGAAUAUACAUACGGUUCAUCCAGAUAUGAGAUAACAGUUGGUGAUUAUGAUGAGCUGCAAAUACCCCAGGAGAGGCACAAAAUCUAA